AUUAUUAUAUCUUUUCUAUUGACGACGAUACCGAGGGACCAACUGAUGAAAGUAUCAACUCCAUUCACAGUAGUAACAGUCUUAAUACACCUCAUACUACAAACCACAUAUAAUUAAUCCAUGCACUACUCCUUUUGGAGUCAACCAAAGCUACGAAAGUCGAGUGGCGGGACGAGCUACGCAGACGUUUACCGAAGAUCAGGGAACUCUACCUCACAAUCAAGAGGCGAGCACAAAGAAAUCAAAUUGGUUUAUACUAGCUCGUAAAAACGACAUUGGAUAUUGGAAAUUGAAAGCGGCGCAAGGCUCUAAAGUUUACACUACGGUUUCCAUUAAAUGACGUCCGAACACUUAGGAGUUGUUGACGCGCUUCCAUACUUCGAUAAGGGAUAUGAUGAUCCUGGAAUAAGAGAAGCCGCGGCUCUUCUAGUCGAAGAGGAGAUGAAACGAUACAGGCCGACAAAAAACUAUUUGGAACACCUUCCCUCUUUAUGUGGACCGAUUCAAAUGAAGUUCGAAACGGAGGUGAUGAAAGCUGAGUUUGACAGGCUUUCCAACCGUCUACCAAUGGAAAUGUUAAGUAUGAAACGUUACGAGUUGCCACCGCCCCCUGCUGGAAAAAUGACCGACGUGAAAGCUUGGCAAGACGCAAUGGAGAAUGCUGAAGCACAGUUAGAACAUCAAGCAACAAGAAUUGAAAAUCUCGAAUUAAUGGCAGAAUACGGAUGCAAUGCUUGGAAACAGUACAACAAUGUAUUAGAAAACUCUUUGCAAAUUUACGAGAAAGAACUCUUGGAAAUAAGGCGAAAAAUUCAGGAGAUAAAUUGGCGUCGAAAACAGGAACAAACGGCUGCUGGUAAACACCUCAAAGAAUUAGAAGAGACUUGGGUUAGCUUGGUUGGCAAGAAUUAUGAAAUUGAACAGGCAAUAUUGGAACUGGAGCAAGCAUUGGGUGUAUUGCCAGAGGAUAUGAAUAGUGAAGACCAGUAAAAUUGUAUGUAAUUGUACAUAGCCAUAAAUAAAAGAUAUCUCAACAUUCUAAUUGAUCGUUUUGGUAACGCACAUGAUAUAUCAAAUCUUUUUAUUUAUUUAUUAUUUUAUUCCUUUACGUUCCCAGUGGAACAGAGGGCUUCAAGCCUUGAA